CCAGAGAGAAUAAUACAACAACUAAGAACGUAUGCUCACUGCGCCUGGGAUCUGUAGAUGACCACAUAGCUAUAAAUACGCAUUAGAACUAGUAUAUAAACGACAGUCUGGCAGAAAGUAAUACCAAACACAUACGAAUUACGUCGAAUACAUACAUCGACACAAACACACACAUACAUACCUACAUACAUAUAUACAUACAUACAUACAUACAUAUACUAUGACUUGGAAGCAGGACGAGGAAGGCCACUUCAGCGUCAACGGCCACACCAUCAAACGCACUUGCGACAAAUCAGGUGAUUCCAAGUGCAACGCAUUAUGGGAAGGUGAUGGAUACGGGGGCUCUGUAGGGAGUGAAGCUCUUGGGUCUAAAUACUGGGAAGUCAUGGUGGACACCCUGCACGCGCACAGCACAGUGUGGUUUGGGUUAACAUCUAUGGCACACUUCAAGCCUGGAUACGGUAUGAAAGGCAUGUACUUUGGGGGUAACCUGGCUGAUGGCGGGGGAUUGCUGCGUUCACAGUGGGGUCCCAGGCCUCGACAAGGUGACAAGAUUGGCAUGCACGCUGUUGCCACACCGAGCGAGCUGAAAGUUAGGUACUACUUGAAUGACGAGUGUCUGGGCGACGCGUUUGUUAUACCCAAGUCAUUUCCCGGUGUAAUGUAUGCGACUGUAUCGCUGAGUAAGCCAGGCGACGAAGUGACGAUCACGCAGUCAGAAAGCGGGACUGUCCCGGAAUCAGCGCAUGAGAAGAUCGCUCGAGUGCCUGAGUGGCCUGAGGGUAUGUGGAGGUCCGAGAGCGACUUUGGCAAUGGCAAACAUCCGACAUUGAAUAUAAAAGAGCGCGUUGUCGAGGAAACCGUACCUGGCGCCGACAAAACGUACUCUGUAUCCUGCAAGUGCGCCAACAGUUUGAAUACGUAUGUCAACCGGUUUACGGGCAAUGGGAAGUGGUCUUCGGGUCCAUGUAUGAGCACUAUGAUGUUUUCGCAAGAAUGGGUUCACGCUGAGCAACGGGCGAGUGCAUUGUUGGGUAAUGUGAGUAAGGUUAGUGAGGGAGAUGCCGGUACGUUAACAAUUGAGAAUGAGACAGAUGGUAUCACAGAGACGUUUGUGCGGUACACACCGGCAGAGCGCGAGCCAGUCACAUCUCUAUGGUGGAAUGUGUAAAAUUAGGUUGAGGAUCAAAUGUACACGAACCAAAGAUAAGUAUAUUGUACAUGUAUAUGAAGUGGGAUAUGUAUCGUGACAGACUAUUGACCAUGAGACGGAUGAUAUCACAGAGACGUUUGUGCGGUGCACACCGGCUGAGAGUGAAGCCAGUCACAUAACGAAUAACCACUCGCCUUGCGGUUUCGAACCUGUACAGUCCUACCGCGAUGGGGAACAUCAAUCACAGACCAAGUGCUACACACACUUAAUCCCGCCGACAUGAGUGUCUGGUAAAUAAGGCAUAUAAGACUGGUGAAUAUACGCAAUAUGUAAUAAAUGAGGCUUAUGUGAUGUGGGAG